AAAAAGGAGGCAUGAAAUAGAUGGGAGACCCAGGCUUUUCAGAGCCUCUUAUCUGAUUGUGGAAACAGCACUUAAGAGCCCUUGCCCCCGCGCCACUGCAGCUGAACCUUGGCACUUCAGGGCACCAACUUUACCCGGCUCGGCUCACAGCGUGAGAAAGUUUUGCACACCACCGCUCCGACCGGGCGAAGGGGGAUCGGGUCGUUUUCAUCUCAGGUUCCACCACCCGUCCAGCCAACGUGGACCCAGCCUGCAAAGUGUCCCUCUUCCUCGGGGCUCAAGAUGACUUCUGCCACCAAGGUGUAUUACAGCCAGACCACCCAGACCGACAGCCGCCCCCUCAUCGGCUCCGGCCUGCGCAAGCGGCGCGUGAUGACCAAGGACGGCCGGAGCAACGUGCGGAUGGAGCACAUCGCUGACAAGCGGUUCCUCUAUCUCAAGGACCUGUGGACCACCUUCAUUGACAUGCAGUGGCGCUACAAGCUGUUGCUCUUCUCCGCCACCUUUGCCGGCACCUGGUUCAUCUUUGGGGUGAUCUGGUACCUGGUGGCCUUGUUGCAUGGGGACCUACUGGAGUUCGACCCCCCGGCCAACCACACCCCGUGUGUCAUGCAGGUACACACGCUGACUGGAGCGUUCCUCUUCUCCCUGGAGUCCCAGACCACCAUUGGCUAUGGCUUCCGCUACAUCAGCGAGGAAUGCCCCUUGGCCAUUGUGCUGCUCAUCAGCCAGCUGGUUCUCACCACCAUCAUGGAGAUCUUCAUCACCGGCACUUUCCUGGCCAAGAUCGCCCGUCCCAAGAAGAGAGCUGAGACCAUCAAGUUCAGCCAGAAUGCGGUGGUAGCCCAACACAACGGCAAGACCUGCCUGAUGAUCCGAGUGGCCAACAUGCGCAAGAGCCUGUUAAUUGGCUGCCAGGUGACCGGCAAGCUGCUCAACACCUACCUCACCAAGGAAGGGGACUGCGUCCGGCUCAACCAGGUCAAUGUGGACUUCCAGGUGGACACGUCUUCCGACAGCCCCUUCCUCAUCCUACCCCUCACCUUCUACCACGUGGUGGACGACGCCAGUCCCUUGCGGGACACAGCCCUGCGCACGGGCGAAGGAGACUUCGAGCUGGUGGUGAUCCUCAGCGGCACAGUGGAGUCGACCAGCGCCACCUGCCAGGUGCGCACCUCGUACCUGCCUGAGGAGAUCCUGUGGGGCUACGAGUUCAGCCCGGUCAUCUCCCUCUCGGCCAGCGGCAAGUACGUGGCCGACUUCAGCCUGUUUGACCAGGUGGUCAAGGUGUCGCCCCUGUGCUGCGUCCACGAGACAGUGCGGUUCGGGGACCCCGAGAAGCUGAAGCUGGAGGAGACCUUCCGGGAGAAAUCAGAGCGGGAGGGCAGCCCCCUGAGCGUCCGCAUCAGCAACGUCUGAUCCUGCCCAUCCAACACUGAGCUCCAAGGAGAAUCACUUCAGCCUUUCUUUUGAGCUGGUUGUUUCCCCUGGUCUCUCUCUCUCUCUUUCUUUCUUCGCCUCUCCUUCCUUCUUUCAUUCAUUUCCCCCUUUUCCUUCAUGUCUCACGGGGCAACUCCAGUGCAUCCACCGGAGGAUGGCAGCUUUCGUUCCCCCAAAGGUGCCACUCCUGCUCUCGCUAGUUCCGGGAGCCCCAGGGCCCAAGGGAGCAGCUGGGAUGCAACUCUUCCUUCUCCCUUGCCAAAGCAUUUUCCAAUCCCUCCUUUUCAGUAGCGUGGUGAUGGCAACAUGACUGUCUGGGAGCACCAGGGCCUCCUGCGGGACAGCUGGUCACCAGCCAGGAGGACUGCAUCCUCCCACCACAGAACACUGAUUCUGUAGGGCGUGGGGGGGUAACUCUGCCUUCGAACUGACCCCGUCCUCGCCACGCCGGCUCAAGCCUAAUGCCCAGCUAACCUGCCAGAAAAAGACAGAGACAGUGCCAGGUGGCUCCAAAAGAAGCUGGCACCUCCCUCCCCUGCCCAGGACCUAGGAACAUAGCAAUGGCCACACUGGAUCCAACCAAGGACCCAUCUAGCCCACUAGCCUGUCUCCGACAGUGGCCAGCACCAGCGUCCUCAGAGGCUGAAACUCUGUAGCAAUGGAAUAAGCUGGUCGGGGGGAAGUUUUCUCCUGACCUCCGCUGGCCCUGAAGCAGAUGGGUGGCGAGCCCCUUCCAAAGCCCCUUACUCUUCCAACUCUGGAUCUUCUUGCUACACAGAAAAAGGCCCAGUCCUUUUGCAAAUCCUGCUAAGCUCCUGGCCUCUCUGACCUUUGUGGCAGUGAGUUCCACCGGCUCACUGUGGGAAAAAAAACAUUUCUGUUUAAAUUUGCUGGGGGGAGAUUGGGGGUAGGAUUUUGCCAACAGAAACAAUGGAUCUCUGAGACCCCUCCCCCCAAACUGUCUCCUUGGGAAUGAAGAGAGGGCAGCAAGAGGCUUUGAAAAGAGAAAUGGUCCCAGCUCAAAACACCUUCUGCUGUCCACGGGCCUUCAUGUGGUCCAUGUGCUGGUCUAUUUUCCUGGGAUGUCGUGCACACGGUAUAGGGCCAUGACGGGAGAUUCAGCCCCUUUGCCUGCUUCUCAGCUGGACCCAGGGCUGGCAGAGCCACACACAGACCCCAGAGCCAGCAAUUAGAGAGACUGCACACUGGCUCUGUGUCUCUGCUGCUCACCACCCCGGACCUCUCUGGGGCUUUUCAUCGCACCUGAGGGAAGCUGCACUUCAACCGGGACCGGGCGCAGUUUUUGCAUCAUCAGCUUGGGUUGGCUCUUGUCCGCACAAUGGUUAUAACACUAAGAAAUCUGGCUUGGAUUUCACUGCGGUUAUCACCAUGCUGCAGGCUUGGGAAUGCCCGCGGGUAGGCGCUCCCAGCCACUGCUGCCUGCACUCAAGGAGAAUCCUCAUCAACUCUUAGCAAUACAGGGCCUAUGAUGGGUGGUCAAGCAGUUCUGAUUCCAUCCAGAAGAGAGCAGCAGUGACAGACACACCAACCAGUACGAAUCCCCCGCAUUCAAGCCGGAAACCAGCAAUACCCCAGUGAAGUUAAAAUGAAGGUGGACCCUUACCUCUUCUUUGUACCCGAGCCCCAGGUACAGGCAUGCAGCUUAGACCCAGCCUGACCUCCACUGUCCCAAAUAGACCUGCUGUGAUCUCGUUCUUUAUUACUGUAAAUUACUGACAUCAGAAAUGCUGAAUCCAGAAGCUGAGGCUAUGGGAACCCUGAUCGGUGUUAAUGAAAUGUUUGCUCCCACUUCAUCCAGGCUCUCUGAUCUGCCGGCUCUCACAUCCGAUCUUUGUCCCGCAUUUCAAGGAUCAGUGGUUCACAGCCGGGUUGUGGAAGUCUGGGGACGGAG